AUGUCUGCUCGUUUUGUCUCGAGCGGUGUAUUCUCAAGAUCGCCAAAUUUCUUUCUAAGGAACAGUCGUUUUCCUCUGAAAUCCGGUUUUAACCCUGCAAAAAUCAUCUUGUACACAGCAACUCUUGUUGGUGGCAGUUUCGCGGGACUUUAUUUGAUCAAUUCCAGAUCAGCUAUCCAUGAGUAUCUCUUUUGUCCUAUCUUGAGAUUGCUCACUCCAGACCCGGAACAAGGACAUAAGAUUGGCAUUUUUCUUCUGAAAUGGGGGCUAACUCCAAAACUGUUGUUCGACCAUGACGAUCCCGUUUUGCAAGUGAAUGUUUUCAACAAGAAUCUUUCGAAUCCAGUCGGCUGCGCUGCGGGACUCGACAAAAACGGUGAUGCCAUCGAUGGCAUCUUACAAGGUGGAUUUGCAUAUCAUGAAAUCGGGUCAAUUACUCCACUUCCUCAACCAGGCAAUCCUAAACCAAGAUUUUUCCGUUUGCCCCAGGAUGACGCUGUGAUUAAUCGUUAUGGUUUCAAUUCCGACGGCCACGACAGCGUUUUUUCCACUGUUGCUGAGCGCGUCAACAAGUACCUAUUUUCUUAUUUCUCUAAAGACAGCAAAAUUAACAAUCUGUCGUUGCACCAAGGCAAAUUGCUUGGAAUCAACUUGGGCAAAAACAAAACUGGCGAUGAAGUAACGGAUUAUCUCAAGGGUGUUGAGAAAUUCCAUUCUCUUGCUGAUGUCCUAGUCAUCAACGUUUCAUCGCCUAACACUCCAGGUCUGAGAGAUUUGCAGAGUGAAUCGAAACUCACUGACCUGUUAAGUCAGGUAGUGGAUAAGAGAAACUCGCUUGUGAAUUCAGGCAAUUCGCUCGGUGCAAAAGUGCAUAAACCACCUAUUCUGGUGAAGAUCGCUCCUGAUUUGACAGAACCCGAACUCCAGUCUAUUGCAGAAGCCUCGAAAAAGUCUAAGGUAGAUGGUAUCAUCGUGUCGAAUACAACAAUUCAAAGACCAAGCUCUCUCAUUACCAGAGAUGAAGAUCUGGAAUCACAAGUUGGUGGCUUGUCUGGUAAGCCUUUGAAAGAGUUUUCCUUGAAAGCUUUGAGAACCGUUUACAAAUAUACCAAAAACUCUGACCUUAUUUUGGUAGGGUGUGGAGGUAUCUCCUCUGCUCAAGACGCUUUGGAGUUUGGUAAAGCCGGUGCGACGUUUGUACAGCUUUACACUUCCUAUGCUUACAAGGGACCUGGUGUUGUCGCUAAGAUUAAAGAUGACCUCACAGAAGAAUUGAAGAAGGAAGGUAAAACCUGGAUGCAGAUCAUCGGGGAGGACAGUAAAUAA